AUGCUAUCCCGGGAGUUAUCUGAAUUACUGGCUUGGGGAUCUGAUAAUGGUAUAACAUGGCCCACCGGUUUGGUGUUCGUCGAAACCCCGGAAAAAGGCGUUUCUGCGAUUGCAUCUACCAAAAUCUCGCGUGCAACACUUCAAGUACCGAAACAUGCUUUGUUUGGUGGUCAAUUAGCGGAAAAUUACUUCAAUUGCAAUCAAAACACCAACUCCUUACUUAAGCUGCUACUUGCCAAGUUGAAAUUCGAUCCUAAUCCGACCAUGAUGAAUACAGAAGAUCUGAAAUUGAAGUUUGGUCCGUAUAUUCGAGCCCUACCAAAAGAAGUUGCUUCUCCCUUGAUUUGGAAUCCCAGAGAACUCGAUCUUCUGGGAAACACAAAUCUGCGCACUUCGAUUGCCCAAAAGCUAGAAUCGAUGUUUGCGGAGUGGAAAGUUGCAUUGGUUCAAGUCCUGGGUACCGAGCAUGACGUUAAAAUGGGAAUCGCACAGGUAGAAAGCAUCUUAAGCCAGGGAGAAGACGAAAUAUAUGCCCAAUUAACUUCUAAGGUCUUUGAAAAUACAGCUCAGCUACCGUGGUGGUCUUUCGCCGCGUUUCUAUGGUCGAGCAUUAUGUUUCUGUCGCGGGCCUUUCCAGAAAAAGUCGUGAAUAGCUCAGCAAAUCCUACAAGAAUUAUCCUUCUGCCAGUCAUUGACCUAUUGAACCAUAAUUACCACUCCAAAGUUGAGUGGAUGCACAGCGAUGAUUCGUUCUGUUUAAAAGUGCUCGAGACUGUUGACGAGGGUGGUGAAUUCUUCAACAAUUACGGCGGCAAGGGUAACGAAGAGCUCCUAUGGGGCUACGGGUUUGUUCUGCAAGAUAACAUAUGCGACACUGUCGCACUAAAAAUAAAGUUGCCGCCCGAUACGCUGCUUCGAAUUUCUAAAGAAAGCUCUAUAAGAUUACCUACCAUCGCAGACUAUACGCGGUCCGCAUUUGACCUUUCUCCCGAAAUCACGGAGGAGUCCGAAAAGCUAAUUUUGGAGGAAAAGCUCAAUGAUGGAAUACUCUACAUGCUAAGUGCAACCAACAAUACGUGCCUGAUGUGGUUGCUUGAUCUAUUCACUUCUUUGGAGAGAUCCGAAACCGAGUCGUUACUCAAUCUCAGGCCCCGUUUACAAGGUCUCCAGAAUCUCAGGGCAGCUCUAGAGGCAAAGCACAACUCUUACAGCACCGAAAUUGUUCAUUUGAGCACUGAAGAGUACCCUUUGCAUGGUUAUAGGGCGCAUGCUGCUCAGAUUUACAAAUCAGGACAGAUUAAGAUUAUCAAAAGUUCUAUUUCCGAGCUCAAACGACUGGAGAAGGAAUACAUCUAUACUCACAAGCAUGAUCUAUUAAGCGUCAACAAGCUGAUGCGAUUGGAUCCAGAUUUUUUCGAAACCGGGCUUUCUGACUUAUUGCAAUUGGAACCAGGUUCAGAUGUCGCUUUGGACUCUUAUGAAACGCUGCUCUAUCUAUGGAUAGUACACAAUCGGAACACCCAGCCUGCUUCUGAGGCGCUACAAUGGGUUAUCUCGCAAUUCAACGACUAUCUCAGAGCACAACAAGCAGAUGUUGUCCCAAUCUGUGAAAGUAUUGAAAUUCUUCAUCACACACUUUUCGCGAAAGACACACAAAAAGAAUAUCUCGAGAAACUUCAGAGAGCAAAGGCAUUCGUGGCGGCUAACUCCUACAUCAGACAUUCUAAAGACGAACUAAUCCUGGUCAGAAACAUCGAUGUGUAA